AGAGCGAAGAUGAUCCCACUAGUGUGUCUAGUUGCCGUGCUUCUUCUUUCCCCUGCCUUCGCAUCAGUUCCUCUUGUUAUCAAUACUUGGAACUUCCGGGAGGCUAACUUUCAGGCAUGGAAAGCCCUGUACAAAGAGGGUCGAACAGCUCUUGAUUCUCUCGUUUCCGGGUGUAGCGUGUGUGAAAUUGUCCAAUGCGAUAGUUCUGUAGGAUUCGGAGGCAGUCCGGAUGAGGCGGGCAACACGAGCCUCGACGCAAUGAUCAUGGAUGGGCGGACAAUGAAUGUGGGCGCUGUGGCAAAUGUGAGAGAUGUGAAGAAUGCCAUUGGAGUGGCCAGGCACGUCCUGGAGUACACUCGCCACACUCUCCUGGCCGGAGAUCAAGUGUCGGACUUUGCCAAGGAGAUGGGAUUCACUCUGGAAUCCCUCCAAACGCCCGCUUCUCGGCAGCAGUGGCAAAAUUGGGUGGCCAACAACUGCCAGCCCAAUUUUUGGGUGAACGUCGCGCCAGAUCCCAGAAGUAUCUGCGGUCCUUAUGAACCCAUAUGCAAGAACUCCAUUGAGGAUUGCAUUGAGCCGGGCAAUCGGGAGGACUUCGAGAUCGGUCCAGAUAAUCACGACACCAUUGGAAUGAUAGUGAUCGACAAGAAAGGCCACAUUGUUGCUGGAACAUCCACAAAUGGAGCUACUCAUAAAAUUCCCGGACGCGUUGGAGAUUCUCCGAUUGCGGGAGCUGGAGCGUAUGCUGAUGACUAUGUCGGCGCCGCGGCAGGAACAGGCGAUGGGGAUAUUAUGAUGAGAUUUAUGCCUGCUCUGCUCGCUGUUGAGGAUAUGCGGAGGGGCGUGGAGCCAGCGAUGGCAGCGGAGAAUGCUCUGCGUCGAAUUGCUCAGUACUAUCCCACCUUCUCCGGGGCCCUGAUUGCCGCCACGAAGACUGGCGAGUACGGAGCUUCCUGCUUCGGCAUGAACUCCUUCCCAUACGCAGUCACAAAUGAGGCUUACAACAUGAGGACCACAACUCUCACCGUGCAGUGUUUCACGCUGUAAUCUGUUAAAUAAAAUAAUCCUCA